CCUUAGAGACUCUGUUAGACGCUCUGUUCUUCUCGCCUUCUCCCGCACUCCAAUCCAUGGCCUCCGAUUCCACCUGCUUCAUUUUCUCCCAGGAAUUGACCUCCCGUCGCCUUCGCCUGCCCCGCUCUUGAUCAUUACCAGCAUGCAGAAACGACGACGGAUUCUUAAUUGCGAGAGCGAAAGCGCGGUAGGGGCAGCCUCAGCUGUAUCUUUCACUAACGUUUAUGUCACAAGAAUUAUUGGCAUCCACGCGAUCGAAGAAGGCUGUUCCUGACCAUGGUCGCUUUUGCCGACGCUAUCCACGGCGUAGCUCGGUCAACCUAGUGCUGUGGUGCAUGGGCAGGCGACUCGUCUUUAUUGCCUCUCGCCUUCCUCUCUCUUUCCUUCUACCGCUAUAAAUCUCGCCGCGCUUGUACUUGGUGUUCAUCCACUCAGAAAACAGAGUUCUAUGGCUUCUUUUAUUACUACAGCCCUUUCACUGUGCUCCGCUUUGCUUCUUUGCUUUCUGUUGCUUCCUGCUCUGUUUCUGGGCUGUGAUGGACAGCCGCUCGCCAUGACAUACCACAGGGGAGUUAUGCUCACUGGGCAAAUCCCCGUCAAUCUCGUCUUCUAUGGCAAGUUCACCGCUUCCCAAAGAGCGGUCCUCUCCGACUUCGUCGCCUCCCUCUCGCCGCUCCCCGGUCAGAAGGACAGCGUCGAACCGUCGGUGGGCACCUGGUGGAGCGCACUCCGCAUGUACUACGCCGCCGCCUCCAAGACGCCUCCGCCGAGACUCGCCCUCGGUCGGCAGAUUGUCGACGAGUCCUACUCUCUCGGAAAAUCCCUCCGCGACGCUGACCUCGCCGCCCUGGCCGCCCGCGGUGGCGCCGCACUGAGCGUGGUGCUCACGGCCGCGGAUGUCGCCGUGGAGCGGUUCUGCAUGAGCCGGUGCGGGUCCCACACGUCAUCCGCCUCCGGGAGAGGUCGGAUCGUGUACAUAUGGGUGGGAGACUCGUCGGCGCAGUGCCCCGGACAGUGCGCGUGGCCGUUUCACCAGCCGUUGUAUGGCCCGCAGACGCCGCCGCUGGUGGCGCCCAACGGCGACGUCGGGACCGACGGGAUGGUAAUCAACCUGGCGAGCAUGUUGGCCGGCGCUGCCACCAACCCGUUCGGCGACGGCUUCUACCAGGGGCCGAGGGAGGCGCCGCUGGAGGCGGCGACGGCGUGCACCGGCGUCUACGCCAAGGGAGCGUACCCAGGCUACCCGGGAAACCUGCUGGUGGACCCGGCCACGGGGGCAAGCUUCAACGCGCAUGGGGCCCGCGGGAGGAAAUACCUCGUCCCGGCCUUGUUUGACCCGUCGACGUCCACAUGCUCUACUUUGGUGUAGUCUUUUGUUUUUUUUGGUCUUGUGUGGCAUGAAAAAUAUAGAUUAUAGAAAAUAGAUAAAUGUUUAAGUCAGUAAGAAAAAGCUAAAAUGUGAGUAUAAAUAUAAAUGAAACUUGUGAAUAUUGAAUAUGUUUUUAUUAAAUUAUGAAAUAAACGGUAGAAAUUGUUUUCUUA